GCGUGCGCACUGCGGUUCUGCGCUUGUCAUCAUGGCGACGCGGGGCCAUGUGCAGGACCCUAACGACAGGCGCCUCCGGCCCAUUUACGAUUACCUUGAUAAUGGGAAUAACAAGAUGGCGAUUCAGCAGGCAGAUAAGCUGCUGAAGAAGCAUAAGGAUCUUCACUGUGCGAAGGUCCUGAAGGCCAUCGGCUUACAGAGAACCGGGAAGCAGGACGAGGCCUUCGCCUUGGCCCAGGAGGUGGCCGGCCUGGAGCCCACCGACGACAACUCGCUGCAGGCGCUCACCAUCCUGUACCGGGAGAUGCACCGACCGGAGCUAGUCACAAAGCUUUAUGAGGCGGCCGUGAAGAAGGUCCCCAACAGCGAGGAGUAUCAUUCGCAUCUCUUCAUGGCCUACGCCAGAGUUGGGGAGUAUAAGAAAAUGCAACAGGCUGGCAUGGCUCUGUAUAAGAUUGUUCCCAAAAACCCUUACUACUUUUGGUCUGUGAUGAGCUUGAUCAUGCAGUCUAUAUCAGCGCAGGACGAAAACCUCUCAAGAACCAUGUUUCUCCCGCUUGCCGAGAGGAUGGUUGAGAAAAUGGUCAAAGAAGACAAGAUAGAAGCGGAGGCUGAGGUUGAACUUUAUUAUAUGAUCUUGGAACGCUUGGGAAAAUACCAGGAAGCCUUGGAUGUCAUCAGAGGAAAACUGGGAGAGAAGCUGACCAGUGAGAUCCAGAGCCGGGAGAAUAAGUGCAUGGCCAUGUACAAGAAGCUGAGCCGGUGGCCCGAGUGCAACGCCCUGUCCCGCCGCCUCUUGCUGAAGAACUCGGAUGACUGGCAGUUCUACCUGACGUACUUCGAUUCUGUCUUUCAACUGAUUGAAGAGGCCUGGACCCCUCCGGCCGCGGGCGAGCACUCCUCGGAGGGAGAGGUGCAUUACUCGGCAGAAGAAGCUGUGAAGUUCAUAGAGGACCGGAUCACAGAGGAGUCCAAGAGCUCGCGCCAGCUCCGCGGACCACAUCUCGCCAAGCUGGAGCUCAUUCGACGCUUACGGCGUCAGGGUUUUAACGACGAGUACAAGCUGGGUGAUCCAGAAGAAUUAAUGUUCCAGUAUUUUAAAAAGUUUGGAGAUAAGCCUUGUUGCUUUACAGAUCUCAAGGUGUUUGUCGAUCUCCUGCCUGCUACACAGUGUACAAAGUUCAUUAAUCAGUUACUCGGGGUGGUUCCUUUGUCGACACCAACGGAGGAUAAGUUGGCGCUGCCCGCUGACAUCCGUGCGCUGCAGCAGCAUCUGUGUGUGGUGCAGCUGACCAGGUUGCUCGGCUUGUACCACACGAUGGACAAAACGCAGAAACUGAGCACGGUCCGAGAGCUGAUGCUAAGGUACCAGCAUGGACUGGAAUUCGGAAAAUCCUGUUUGAAAACUGAAUUGCAGUUUUCAGACUAUUACUGUCUCCUCGCUGUCCAUGUGCUUAUUGACAUAUGGAGAGAAACAGGCGAUGAGACGGCCGUGUGGCAGGCCCUGAAUUUGCUGGAAGAGGGACUGGCGCAUAGCCCCUCCAAUGCUCAGUUCAAACUGCUGCUUGUCCGGAUCUACUGCAUGCUGGGGGCUUUCGAGCCCGUGGUGGAUCUCUACUCCAGCCUGGACGCCAAACACAUCCAGCACGACACCAUCGGGUACCUUCUGACCCGCUACGCUGAGUCCCUCGGCCAGUAUGCUGCUGCAUCCCAGUCCUGUAACUUCGCACUCAGGUUUUUCCACUCCAACCAGAAAGAUACCUCAGAAUAUAUUAUUCAAGCUUACAAAUAUGGUGCGUUUGAGAAGAUCCCAGAGUUCAUCGCUUUUAGGAACAGGCUGAAUAAUUCUCUUCAUUUUGCACAAGUUCGCACCGAGCGGAUGUUAUUAGACCUUCUACUUGAAGCAAAUCUAUCAACCAGCUUAGCAGAAAGUAUAAAGGCAAUGAAUCUUCGGCCAGAAGAAGAUGACAUUCCAUGGGAGUCCCUGCGAGAUAACAGAGACCUGAACGUCUUCUUCAGCUGGGAUCCCAAAGACAGGGACGUCUCUGAGGAGCACAAGCAGCUCUCCCUCGAGGAGGAGACCAUGUGGCUGAGGAUUCGCUCCUUGACGCUGAGGCUGCUCAGUGCGCUGCCCGGCCUCAGCCACCCCGCCGAGCCCAAGAACUCGGAGAAGACCACGGAGAACGGCGUGGGCACCGGCAUCGACGUCCUGCGCGCGCUCCUGCAGCAGCUGGAGGCGGCCCUGGAGAAGGGGGCGCGCUUCACUGAGAGGGAGAUCCAGUACCCUUUCCUUGGUCCUGUGCCUUCCAGGAUGGCCGGGUUUCUCCGCUCCGGCUGUGCUCAGUGCCAGACCAGCUCUUUCCACCUCCUUAGUGAUGUCUAUGAGCUCGACGUCAACGGCUUAGAGGAUACAACGGAGAUCCAAGAUCGAGUAGAGAACAGUCUCAAGUCUUUAUUGGAGCAGCUGAAAGAUGUCUUCAGUAAAUGUAAAGGUGACCUCUUAGAAGUUAAAGACGGUAGCUUGAAAACACAUCCGGCUCUUUUAGAAAAUCUCGUCUUCUUUGUUGAGACAGUUUCUAUAAUCCUUUGGGUCUCUAGUUACUGUGAGAGUGUCCUGCGACCAUAUAAGUUAAAUCUACAGAAAAAGAAAAAGAAGAAAAAAGAAACGAGCAUCGUCAUGCCACGCGUCUUUACCAGUUUUCAAGACUAUGUCACUGGGCUUCAGACUCUGAUUUCCAAUGUUGUGGAUCACAUCAAAGGGCUUGAAACACAUCUAAUUGCACUUAAACUUGAAGAACUUAUUUUAGAAGACACUUCGCUCUCACUGGAAGAGAGAAAAUUUUCAAAGACUGUGCAAGGGAAGGUGCAGAGUAGUUAUUUACACUCACUUCUGGAAAUCGGAGAGCUAUUGAAAAAAAGACUUGAGACCACAAAGAAACUGACAAUAUAAGGAAGUGUGAACGACAGGCACUGCCAGUCUGACAACAGAAAAUGGCACCACCGCCCCGGGCAGAAGCUACGUCUGACUGACCGUCAUUUUAAUCUAGAGCCCCCUCAUAAAUGCAUGAAGGACUUCGAUUGUGAAUUAAUUUUUUAGGUAUUAAAUGUAUACAACUGAUUAAAUUAUUGUACAUAAACCAGAAGCAGAACCCUCACCUGGGUUUGACCACUUUUUAUACAUGUUCAUAUGCAUACGGCAGCCCAAGAGAACCCCACCUUUCCUCAGUCCCACGGCCGGAGCUUCUGGCGUGUGGGGGGAGGUGCCCUAUAAAAGCAGCAAUAGAAACUAAACUGAAAACAUCGACCUCAGAGCAGCUGAAUGGCGUGCCAUUUCCCUGACAGCCACGGGCGUCCGGCCUGGGCCUGCAGCCCUUAGGAAGCAGAAGCGGAGGGCCCGUGGCUGUGAGCUGGCUCUUUUCCUUGUCCGCAGUUUAGUUUUGAAACUUCUUCGGCUGCUUGGUUCCCGUAGAACCCAAGGCAGUCACCAGGGGCCUCUGAUGCGUUCUGCCACUUACGGGCACUCCUGUUUCUGGCUAAAGAGCUCGAGGGCCGAGCUACUCCACCCUAGCGGAAUCGCAGAGGCCUUCUGCUGGCUUGCAGCUCUUUGGAAGGGGAAAGCAGUGCAGACCAGAGAGAAGCCUGCCGGGGCGUGUGUUGUCGUGGACCCGCGUGGGAAGGAUGGGAGUCACUGUUGGGAAGAAGAGAGGGCCACACGGUGGAUGCAGGCAACGCCAAUACCAGUGUCCUUGGUUCGUGUGGAUAUAUAUAUUAUAUAAUGUAUGUAUAUGCUUUUACAUACAUAUUUUCACGCAUACGUCUGCAUAUAUAUGUACAUAUAUAUGCUCGAAAAUAGUUUUAAUACGUUAGCAUUUUUUAAAGGGGCGGGCUGGGAAGGAAGAAAGGUAUAUUACGGACUUAACCUAGUUGUAGGCUGACAAAAGAAAUGUUGUCCAUUGGGCUUUGAGAUUCAGUUGACUUUUGUAACUUGAGAAUUAUACCAGGCGUUUACAUUUUUCACCUCCAGCUUCAGAGGUUGGUCUGACAAAAAAGAAUAACGUCGCUCUUGAAAAUGUUUAACUUCCACAGUCACUUUGAUAGCCUUUCUGUGUUUGUGCUUUUGUUUCUGGACUGUUCCUCAAGUCACAGUGAGUAAUUCUGUGAGCGCACGGGAAUGAGCUGGAGGGGGCAAUUCCACAUCUCAUCUGGAGGGUUAUUUUUGAAGACCAUAAAGGCUCUCGCUACUUCACUUCUACAGCGAGAUGCACUUCUUUUAAAUGCAACUAAAAGAGAGCUUGAAAAUCUGUAUGUAAAGCUUUACAUUUUGUUCCCUCAUCUCAACUUUCUACCAAACAUCCAAGGGAAUUUCUUACAAACUUCCUACAUUCCCUUUCGAAUUAAGGCUGCGUGGGUCCUAGUCCAAGUAAUCGCAAAAAAAUGAUUUUCGGUGUAAACUGAUAACCGCAGCGGUUACACCCCAUCCCAAAAGGAACAAGGUGAUUGAAAAUUUGGCCGAUUUCCAUUCUGACUCAAUGACAAUGCAUCAUAAAUGUCAUAAAACCAUGGCUUGUUUAGAUGGAACUUUGUGUGUAUAUGGCAUGUGUUCUUGCAAUGAUGUUUCUUGGAAUAUCCAAAAAUACUGUACAUAGAAAUAGAAAUGUUCUUUGAAAAAAAGUCUGUCAGCUGACUGAUCACUCUAGCAGAUGUGUGUGCCCACUGCUCCAGCCUCCGCUCUGCAGUCCCUCCACUCCGGUGGCCCCUACAUGGGCCGACUCUCACCUCGGGGCACUUCGGACCUCUACUGGGUUUAGUAGCAAACCGUGUUUUACAUUGAGGUUAGGCUUCACUUGUUACUUGGCUUAUUUUCCCAGUAAAAAUAGCAUUUCGAUUAGAUCCAACUCCCUACGUUGAGGUAAUUGUUUUUAAAAAUGAAAUUAUGCAGAAAUGGCCAAUGUCUCUUAACGAUCUGUUCUUUUGAAAACUGUCAUGCACUAUAAAUUGUGUACAGUGGGGAGGGGGGGAAAUAUAUAUAUCUCUCUCUAUAUAUUCUUACAUGAGUGAAAAAAGCACCCUCUCCAGCAAUUGUAAUUCAUUGAUAUUUGAAGAGAAUUCCCAGACCCAUCGCUGCUGCUCCUAUUCUGGUCUGUGUGGGUUUUUUGGUUUUGUUUCUGUGUGAAAAUUAGUAUUUAAAAAAGAGAAAAAAACCUGACUACUGUUUACAGACUGAAAAAUUACUGCUUUUUAUACUACUGAGAUCCUAAGUUAAUAUCUCCAAAGCAAACUUAGUUUAAAUCAUUUAUCUGAUGUGGGUAAAAGGUAGAGAAAUUUUUAGUGUUCUCCACGUAAUGGAAAAUGUACAAAUGCCUAGCUGUGUUCCCAUCAAUUUUGUAUAUUUUCAUAAUUUUAAUUGUUCAAAAUUGCAUUAUAUUUUGCAAUCACUGUUCAAUUUGGAUGUCUUUCAUUUUAACUUUUAAUAUAAAAGGGGUUUCAAUGUA